UUCGGAAACGUCAGCACUGUCGCGUAUGUGGGCUUUGGAGAUGCGUAAAGAAGUUGGAAGGAAAUAAUAAAUUCGGUGAUUAUUCGUGCUUAUGGAGUAAACUGACAAGCAAUGUUUUUUACUUUCGACGACAUUUAGCAACGCAAUGGAUUACGUUUUCAGUUUUUCACUUUCUUUUCGGAGUUCGUGUGAGAACUAAGAGGUGAUGAAGAUGAAGGAUUUCUUGUUCUGUGGAUGGAACCAUAACUGCAGGCCAAGCUGUGAACGAUAACUGCCCCACCUGCCCCGCUCCGCCCUCAGAAACAGAUCUGUUUGAAUCGUGAGGCGACGGGCAGUUGGGCAGCCCGCGGGGGCUGGAAGGCUGUGACCUCAUUAUGUUUGCUAAGCUGAAGAAGAAGAUCGCCGAGGAGGCGGCCACAGCCCCCCGGUCGGCUGGCCGCAUCCCCCGCUCCGUCAGCAAGGAGUCCAUCACCUCCGCCGGUGCCGACUCUGGCGAUGACUUUGCCUCUGAUGGCAGCAGCUCCAGGGAUGACCUCUCCUCCCAGCUGCUCAGACGGAAUGGCCAGAUCCGCAGGCUGGAGGCCAAGCUAUCAGACUAUGCUGAGCAGCUUCGAGUUCUGCAGAAGACUAAAGAGAAGCUCGAAAUCGCGUUAGAAAAACACCAGGAUUCAUCCAUGAGGAAGCUACAGGAGCAGAACGAGAGCUACCAGGCCAGCAGAGCCAAAAUGGCCGAGGGCAUGGCCCUGGCGCUGGCGAAGAAGGAUCAGGAGUGGAUGGAGAAGAUUGCUGCUUUGGAGAAGGAGAAGGGUGAGCUGUCCGCGCAGCUGGGCGACCUGACCGAGCAGAGCCUCAGCCUGUUCCGGAAGAGGGACGACCUGGACGAGCUGGAGGGCUUCCAGCAGCAGGAACUGGCCAAGGUGAAGCACAUGUCGAGCUCUAACCUUAUCCAGGUGGCCGUGGCUGAGGAGGAGAAAGACCGGCUGGUGUGGGACCUGCAGGGGAAGGUCUGCUCGCUGGAGAGACGCUUGCAGGGCAACCUCACGGAGGACGAGCACCUGGAGGAGAUGCUGAAGGAGAAGGGGGUGCUGGAGCAGAAGGUGGAGGAGACGCGGGCGGAGCUGCUGGAGGCACGGACGAGCCACGGCGCAGCGGUCAGCACCCUGGAGGCGCAGAUAUCCAGGCUCAAUGGCUCGUUGGCGGAACUGCAGGUGGUGCUGGGAACCAAAGAUGACAGUUUGAGGUCCCUCAGAGAGAGCUCAGAGGCACAGAUCAAUGCCCUUGAGCACCAGGUGCAAGAGUACCAGGAGAUGCUGAAGAGCAAUGAGCAGCAAGAGGGCGAGAGAGAAGCACACAUGCAGAAGCUGCAGGCGGAGUGGAGCCUGAGCAGCGAGCGCCUGCGGCAGAAGGACCAGGAGGCUCUUGUCCGGCUGGGGACGCAGGUGGCUGCUCUGGAGACGGCGCGGGACGUGGACCGCACUGCCGCCCAGCACAGGAUUAGUGAGAUGGAACUGGAGCAGGAGGUACUGCUGCGGGGUCGGGCCGAGGUGGAGGUGGAGCUCAGCAGGCAGGCUGAAGAACUAGAGCUGGCCAGGGCAGAGCUGGCGAGCCGGCAGGCGGUCAGCGUGGAGAUCGUCAAGGAUCUGGAGGUGAUGAGGACCCAGAAAGAAGAGCUGCAGCAACAGGUGGGAGAGACAGAGUCAACUCUGAAGGCCAAGGAGGACGACCUGGUCAGGGUCACUGAGCAGCUGGUCAAGAGGGAAGCAGAGCUGCACGCCCUCCAGGAAGAGUUGCGAGCCUCUGGUUCUAGCCUGGAGGAGCUGCGGGCGGAAGUGGAGCUCCAGAGGCGGCGGGAGGAGGAGCGGGAGGCCCAGCUGGGGGUCCUGCAGCAGGAGGCGCUGGCCCAGAAUCAGCAGGUGUGUAACCCCGGGGGAGAGGUGGAGACCCUGAUGAAGCAGCCGCAUGCCCAGGCCGUGUGCCAAGUGGAGCAGAACGGGGUGGUGACCGUGGAUGACCUGGAGCUUGUGCAGAGGACUAACCGAGAGCUGGAGCAGCAGCUCGGCGAGAAGAACAAGACGAUCAAGCAGCUGCAGCAGAGGCUGGCGGAGCUGAAGAGGACCUUGCAGAAGGAGCUGAAGCUGAAGCCGGAACCGGAGGCCGAGGGGAAGGAGAAGCGACAGGAAGCCAAGGCAGACAGGCAGGAAAAGAGCGAGAGGCCCAGCCCAGAGGCAUCUGCCCCGGGCCUGUCCGGCGUCCCUACCCUGGGCACCACAUCCAGCACCUCCUCCACCGUCACAAACAACGCCAACCUCAGCAACGCGCACGAGAUCAACUUCGAGUACCUCAAGCACGUGGUGCUCAAGUUCAUGUCCUCCAGGGAAGCUGAGGCAUACCAACUGAUAAGAGCUGUUUCUGUGCUGCUAAACUUCACCCGUGAAGAAGAGGCUAUGCUGAAGGAAAGCCUGGAGUAUAAGAUGUCAUGGUUUGGAUCAAAGCCAUCUCCGAGAGGUAUUGUUCGGCCAUCAAUUUCAGGAUCAUCUGCACACUGGAGCUGAGUUGAGGGUCGGGGGUUAGACCCCAGAUAGCGUUGAUGAGACCCCAUCACCUCCCACCCCCUCCUCACCCCUCACUCCCGUGCCCACAUCCAGGACGUCACCUCAUCACUGUGGCAACAGAAUACAUAUUUCCUUUUUAAACAAAAACUGAAAUACUUUUUAAAAGGGUACUGAUUUUAAAUACUUUCUACUGCUAACUGGUGUAGCUUGUUCUCUCCUUUUGGAGAUCAGUGCUGGGUUUUCCUUUUUCCCUUCCUCUCCCUCCUAUUUUCCCUUUUUUUCUUUUUUGAAGGUGACAGAGGACUGUGCCUGUGGAUAGGGAGAGCUUUCUAGCUGCGUGAGGGACAGAUCUGUUUUAAAUGGGGCUUGAGCUGUGUGUUUUCUUUGGUUUCCACUAAUUUGCGAACCUCCUGAUCGCGCUGUAAACGUUUGGCUGGCAGAUGUUUCCUUCGCCCCAUUCUCUACUUCUCCAUUUUGGCUACCAUUUGAAGGCGGGUGGGGGGGGUGUGAAACCACCUGAUGUCUCUGGGGAGAAGACGCUUCCUUGCACUUCCCCAUCUGCCCCUAGAGCACACACAGGUGGUACGGUCGGCUCACUGGGACUGUGAGUUCUCGCAGAUACCAGUUCCGUUUCCACGAUUGCCUCCGCUAUCUGCUUGGAGUCAAACUCCACCUUCCCUCAAGGGGGACCACAGCUUGUCCCUGUGUGUGCCCCUACAUCUACACCUGCUUCUACACCUCCCUCCCCGUCUGGGCAUUGUGAGGUCAGACGUGUGGUUCAACCAUGUCUGAGUUAUUUUACCAAGCUACACGCUUCAUUAAAUUCUCAUCCUCCCCCCACUACAGCUUUUUAUUUUUAUUUUUAAAUAACUGUCUAAAUUUGUAAAGCUACCUGUUGCUAAUUGAGCACCCACCCCUCCCCCAUGCCCCAUUCCUGUUUGGAAGCCCUAACAGGUCAGGGAUACCUUUGUCCACAAAAGACAGAUGAACUUUUUAAUGUAAAGAAAAUCAUAUUGAAGCAACUACGUUGGAAAUGAUUGCCUUUACCUGCCUUGUGUUUGUGUAAAAUACAUUCCAUAUGACUAUUUAUAUAUCAGUAACUGUAUAUAAGCAUUAAAUUUAUAAAUCACUGGGGUAUAUGUUACUUUUUGUCAGAUCUUACAGUAUUAUGUUAUAAUGAUUCAAUGCUUAAUCUGGCUUGGGCCUUGACUAAAUUAUGAAUUUUGCUCCAUUGGCAAAUGUCUCCCUUAAACUUCAUUGAGAAGGUAUUGUUCAGCUUUAUGGGGAGAAUUUCGCAUUAGAUUUAAUGACAGUGGCUCUGUGGAGGUCAGUAUGUCAUUUUAACAUUAUGAGGCAGUUCUUGCAUCAGUGGCCUCUAUGCAAAGCAAAACGAUCAGACUCUUAAAUCAUAUAUAAAUGAUGUUUUGUGUCCAGGGUUCGAUAGCAAAAUGACACUAAUCUGGAUUCAUCUGAAAAUCUAGUGAUAUAAGUAAUGAUGUAUGAAAGAAAAUCAUGGCUAAGAUAUUUCACAGAACACUGCAUUUUGAAUAUGUUUUGGACAGACAGGUUUGAACGUUGCUGCUGUAGGAAAUGUAAGGCAGAGCAUCUGGGCUGCAAGAUUCAGGUGCUGCUGUCUGUGGUCUCUGCCACCAGCUGUGAGGGUUUUUAAAGGUUGAAUAGCAUUGAGGAGAUGGUGAUGGCUGUCCGUUUACACUCAGGAAAACAAAAGGGUAAAAAAAUUGUACCUUUGCUUGCCACUGAGGCUGUACCCCUGUAAUUGUACCUUUUUAAUGUACAGAAAUUGACUGAGGAACAUUCCAAAGGUACAAACAGCAUUAAUCAGUGGUACGGAAGUGUUCCUCAGAGUCAAUUUCUGUACUUUUAAAGUUACCUACAGAUAAGGGUAGUAUUUGCAGACCCUUGAGGGUAUGGACUCUGUGACAAGCAAUGGUACAAAUUUUUAGCCUUUUUUCUGAGAACGUUGAAGGACAGGUCUGGUUGGGUUCGUCUCCAUCUCAAGGCAGCCCUGCCAGAAAUGUGUGGCUACAAGAUCGCCAUGGACACAGCGAGUCACAAUGCCUCCGGACCAUCCACACCGCCAUCGCAGUCUCUCCAAUCAGAUCUUAGAUUUUAAGCCUGAAAUACCACUACGAUGUCCACUAAUUCCUGUUCUUGGGAUUGUAUGUCAUGGAAUUUUUUUUCUUUCUGCCUGGGGAACUCCUUUGUAGAUGUGUAUGUUAAUUUGGGUUUUAAUUAAAACUGAGAAUUGAAACACC